AUUUAUUAAAGAAAAACCCAAGAAAACUUCCAAUUCCAUGCUUCCGUUUCACUGUUUGUAAGCGUGAGGCAUCUUUCUCUCUGUCUGUCACCUACCGCUGAUAACUCCAUAACUUCUUAUUAUCCCUCACCUCACCCUAACCCACUACGAACCCUGAAUUCCAUGUCCCAGUAUUUUCUGCAAAUACCUUCUUCCGCAAAAGUAGCGUAUUAUUGUUGUCAUCUGGCGUUAGGGUUAGCCUUUUCAGGUUGGAGGAGGUGUGGUAUCAGAAAGCUCCCCUUGAGCUUAGAUUCAAAGACCCAUUACUACAGAAUACAGAAAACCUGGAUGGGAAACCCAACAUAAUUGCAUAUUUAUCUGGUGUUUUUCACAAUGAGGUUGAUUUGGACUUCCUUUGGGCUUCUCUCAACGUGGGUUCCUGCAUUUUUAUGAUUAGAGAUCUGGCGUUAAGGUGGUUCAGUUAUUUGCCCUUGGGAUUAGUUGUGGAGAAGAGGGUUCAGAGAUCUGGGCCGUGGAACCUUUUCUUGUGAAUCCCGUCGCAGGUUUCUCGCCGUCGGUGAAGGAGAAAUGGCAAAUCUUACUGCUGAGCUAACCAAGAAAACGGUUAUUUUUGGUCUCAGGGUUUGGGUUUUAAUUGCGAUAGGUGUGGGUGUAUUUAUUGUAAUCAUUUUAUCCGUGCUAUCCUUUUGUCUUAUUUUACGGAGGAAAUCCAGAAGGUCCAGCAAUAGGCUUCCCCUUAGCCAAAUCCCAGCUGUUUCAAAGGAAAUCAAAGAGAUUAGGGUAGAUCAAGUAGCAAACCAUGAAGGGAUUAUCCCCACUGUUGAUGAUAAAUCCAGUGAUAAAGAGGCAGAUAAGGUUUUGGUUCAUUUGGGUGUGGCCAAAACAAAGAAUGGAGAUAAUAGCAGUCAAUUGGGCUCAUUUCAUCAUGUGGAGAAAGACGGUGCUGGAUUUCAAUCUGGAGAAGAAAGGAAUUCUGGAACACAUUUUGUCCACAGACAGUCUUCUUCGAAUCCCAUGACUGCUCCAUCACCUCUAACUGGUCUGCCUGAAUUCUCUCACCUGGGUUGGGGCCACUGGUUUACACUGAGGGAUCUAGAGCUCGCAACCGACAGAUUUUCAAAGGAAAAUGUCAUUGGCGAGGGUGGUUAUGGAGUUGUCUACCAGGGCCAACUGAUAAAUGGGACUCCAGUGGCAGUGAAGAAACUCCUAAACAAUCUAGGCCAAGCAGAGAGGGAAUUUGGAGUGGAAGUGGAAGCUAUAGGCCAGGUGCGACACAAAAAUUUAGUUCGGCUACUGGGUUACUGUGUUGAAGGCACUCACAGGUUAUUGGUUUAUGAGUAUGUCAACAAUGGGAAUUUAGAGCAAUGGCUUCAUGGAGCUAUGCGCCAGCAUGGGUAUCUUACUUGGGAAGCCCGAAUGAAGGUUCUCCUUGGCACUGCUAAAGCGCUUGCUUAUUUGCAUGAAGCUAUUGAGCCAAAAGUGGUGCAUAGGGACAUCAAGUCCAGCAAUAUAUUGAUUGAUGAUGACUUCAAUGCCAAGGUAUCUGAUUUUGGGUUGGCUAAGCUACUGGGUGCCGGGAAAAGUCAUAUCACGACCCGAGUUAUGGGGACAUUCGGAUAUGUGGCUCCAGAGUAUGCAAAUUCGGGCCUUUUGAAUGAAAAGAGUGACAUUUAUAGCUUUGGGGUCUUACUUUUGGAAGCAAUUACUGGAAGAGAUCCUGUGGACUAUGGUCGCCCUGCCCAUGAGGUGAAUCUGGUCGACUGGCUCAAGAUGAUGGUUGGCAGUAGGCGCUCCGAAGAAGUAGUGGACCCAAAUAUUGAGAAAAGGCCAUCAACUAGGGCCCUCAAAAGAGCCCUUUUGACUGCUUUAAGGUGUGUCGAUCCGGACUCACACAAGAGACCAAAGAUGGGCCAAGUUGUUCGCAUGCUCGAGUCAGAGGAAUAUCCUAUACAUCGAGAGGAUAGGAGACAACGAAGGAGUCAAGCGGGGAGCUUAGAGGUUGAUUCACAGAGAGAGAAUUCUGACACUGAUAGAAGUGACAACCUGGAAUUCAGAUCUGAAAGCAGAAGGAACAAGCGGAUGUAAUUAUAGCAGUGAACAUCUGACAAUUCAAGGAAUAUGUAGAAGGUGAUACAUACAUUCUCUGACCACUUCCAUUCUUGGGCUUUGCUUGUGUAAGAUCAGACAAAGAGGGAAACGUGGACUACUGGAUUAUCAGCAGUGGAAGUGGAUUGUUGUUCGCUCUUGGGCGACUUUCUUCGUACCCGUAGAUUUUGGAGAGGAGAUUGUUUUGUGUGUGCUAGAUGUUACAACGAAGAACCCAAAUCACCAUUGGUGUGUACAGAUGUUUGCUCAUGGAGGAUUCUUAUAAAAUCAUUUUCCUGUGAAAAUGAAAUUUUUGUGUUAUACAUAUAUACAUAUAAGCAUUUCUGUUGGUGUUGAAGGAAACAGUAGUCAUUUUGCAGCA